CGCACAUCUCGCCACAUCGGACUCCUCCCCCCGCAGAUAUGGGCAAGAAGGAUUUCAAGAAGGGUCGCUACGCGAACGCCGGCAGCCUUCAGAGCGACCAAGAAGAAUACUGGGAAACAUCCAACCCCAAGGCUCCCUCCCGCGAGCCCUCCGACAACGACAGUGACGAUAGCGAUGGCGACGAUGGCGACGAUGACGGUGAUGACGACAAUGGUAACCACGAUCGCAAGCGCAGCGAUGGCACUUUGAGCCACGACGGACCCAUCGAGUCUUUCUCGGGUCUCGGCCACAGCAUGUUGUCGGCCAGCCCCGUGUCCAGCUCACAUCCAUCGUAUCUCAAGUACGAUCCUGAGCUCGGCGACCCAACAUCGCUCCGCAACCGCCAGGCGUAUCUGCCCGCAGCCCUGAACAUCGACCGGGACAGAGGCUCCAAUUUGAACCGUCGCUCGGCUCAACCCCGCUCCAACGCUGCGAGCCAACAUGAUGAUCUGGACGGCUCGCGCGAUCAGCCCAAGCCCACCCGGCUGCCUUCAGACCGCAAGCACUCCGCCGCCAAGGCCAGCAGCGCUCGUUCUGCUGCUCCAAGAGACCUCGCCAAACAGUCGGUCGCGGCCGGCUAUGAUGCCGAGGACGAAGCCCACGCCGAGGUGAUCCAGCGACAGAGGCGCCCCAUGUCCGCGUCUCAAGCCGAGCCCACAGAGGUUUCCGAGCCCGAGUCUGCAGGCUUAGUUCGUCAGCAAAAGCGAAACCCGGCCUCGCAGCAUCGACAGAGCGCACAGCAUGAGCACCGUGAGCAAGCUGAAGAGCAAGUUCAAUUCAAUGCAUCGCCAAAGCGUGGCAAGAGUCCCUCGCCCCAGCGCUCACUGCUGGCCAAAGCCCAUGUUCAAAAGCCCAAGAGCCCUGUCCAUGGCUCACAAACCGGCAGCGACGACCCAGUCUACGUCGCUCGCUCCCGUGCCGAUCAGCCCAAGCCCUUCGCAGCGAACGAGGAUCCUGACGACGACGGGUACUACGGCGACCGAGAUUCCCGGGAUGUCUCGACAACCGUCGCAGGCGGGACCAACAUCCCCCGCUACCCAAGCCACGACGCCGACCUCGAUGAUUCGCCCGGCCUGAACCCGAGCGCCUCGGAGACUCUCAAGCCUCGCAAGCCAGCGCUCACUGCUCGCCAGAAGCGAACGGGUGACUCUACCUCGUCUCCGGCCCGCCCGGCCAGCGCCAAUCAGGUUCGAAAGAAGAAGCGGAUCGUCGGAAAGAAUCACGGCCACCAAGAUAUCGACUCUUCCAUGCGCAAGCUGGCCCAAAAGAUCGAAAAAACGUCCAUUGUGGCCUCUCCAGGUCGCGGAAACACACGAACACUCGCUCAUUCUUCAAAUCUGGCUCCAUCCCCGCUCGAUGGUCUCGCAGUUGGGCACAAUGACAUCUCAAAUGACGAGGAAAAUCGUUUCAAGGAUAUCCCGGCAGAUAUCCUGUGCUGAUUGCCAUGCUCUGCACCGAUUGAUGUGUUGGGCACCAGCGCCAUAUCCCGUGCCGAUCGAGAUUGUGCUCGU